ACUUACAUAACAGAUAUUAGCAUUCUGAACUCAUCACUGUGACAUCCCAUGCCCUCGAAUCUCACUAUUAUGACGCUAGGAAAAAUGAGAUGUACAGGUGUGCGCUCGGUUAACACAAGUGUUCUCUCAGAAACGCUUCAAAACUGCCUCGGCAAGGCAUCGUCACCAGACAGCCAUGACCAGUGGAAGUGUGAGCGUGUGGAUGGCGCUGCUCCUUCUGGGGGCGGCUGACGGCGGGUCUUUAUCUCCUCACAAGUCUCACUACUUGUGUGGCCAGGAUAUUUACCUGAAUUAUGGGGAAGUAUUCUACAUCACCUCUCCAAGAUAUCCCCAUCCAUAUCCUUCUCCUCUGAGAUGCACGUGGCACGUAGAGUCCCCUCCUGGCACGCUGCUCCACGUCAAUUUCCUCGACUUCCAAGUGCCCUGCCACCGCCCCGAGGGCUUCCUGUGGAAGUCAGGGAAGGAUGCAUCGCACCUCUGUGGGUAUGGCCACCACUUCCUCAUAUCCUCCACCAACAGCUUCACCGCCCUCCUGUAUUCCCGCGUGCCGUACUUCAUGAGUAGAGGCCGCGUGUAUUUUGAGGUGAUCGUGUUGUCCUCAUUCCAGGGUACAACAGAACCAACCACUCCGCAACCCGUCACUGUGCAGCAGCAGGACACAACCACCACCACCACCACUCAGCUUGUCCCCGACCAGUGCGGGAUGAAGGGAACCCCUCGUAUAGUGGGGGGGCAGGUGGCCGCGGUAAACGAGUGGCGCUGGCAGGUAGCUCUUCGGUGGUACACUACAAAUUUCAUCUUCUGCUCCGGUUCGCUACUGUCUUCGGGGUGGGUGCUCACGGCUGCACACUGCAUGGACAACCUUGGUGAUCUGAGAGCUAUCUAUGUGACUGUUGGCGAUUAUCAUCGGGACAUAUUGGCCGUGAAUCCCUACAGGGUGAAUGUGACGGUGGCAAAGCUGGUGAAGCACCCGAAAUACAACUCCAUCACCGUUGAUAACGAUGUGGCGCUGCUGCAGCUGAGCACACCUGUGGAAUACAAUCAAGGCGUGGCCCCAGUCUGCCUCCCGUGCAGCCUCUCAGAAAAUAUUCUAUUGAAGGAGAAUGCCACGGUGACGGGCUGGGGCACCAUGUCCUUCCAGGGGACCCUGUCCCCUGUGCUGCUGGAGGCGCAGCUGCCGCUGCUGACCACUGAGGAAUGCCAACAAUACCUGGGAGGCAACAUCACCGACAAUAUGCUGUGCACAUAUGACAAAGGAAAGGACGCUUGUCAGGGAGACUCCGGAGGACCUCUCACCUGGAGGGACGGCGCGGGCCAUUACCACCUGGUGGGCGUGGUGUCCUGGGGCAUCGGCUGUGCGGACACAGACGUUCCAGGCGUGUACGCUAAAGUUAUGAAUUAUAUUGAAUGGAUACAGAGAAAAACAUCCAUUGACUUCUGUGGCAGCGGCGUCCAGUAGGACAGAGCCUGGCCGACCAGCCAUCCUGCACCUCCCAGCCCUCAACAAGAGGCAAAGCAAACUCGUGCACCUGUGUAUGCUUGUUAGAGCCAACACUGGUGUUCUGCACGUAACCAUUCAGAACAAAAAGGUACGUUCAGGAUAUGUCGUAGCCUCGAAUAUUAGCAGAGGUAACUAAGUCUUCUGGCUUCGGCAUAUAUGUAAAAAAAAAAAAAAAAAAGGCGUUCUCACAUCGUUCCCAAGAACCCAAGACACAUUUAAAGCAACACUGUCACUGUCACGAGUACUUCCAGCCUCGACCACCAAGACCUGUCACUGUCACGAGUACUUCCAGCCUCGACCACCAAGACCUGUCACUGUCACGAGUACUUCCAGCCUCGACCACCAAGACAAGGAGUCAAAUCAGUCUAAGCGUGUUUCCAUUAUUAAGACGUGCACCAAUGUUCCCAAGCAGUAGACAACAUUUAGGAGAAAAUUAAGGAGUAGUUGCGUGUUAACCUCUCAAUUCUGCUUAUUAGGACAUAACUAGACACUUCUAAACUAGUUUGAUACAAAAAGGAACAAUGUCCUUAAGUCAUUCUCAAAUCAAGAGAAUAGGAAGCAACAUGUAAUUAAAAUAUUAAGCAGUAAUAACAUGCUAAUUUCUGAACUCCGCCCACCAGGAUACAACUAGACACUUUCGAACGAAUCCCUGAUGCAAAAGGAAUGCAGAAGUUAUUCUCAAGCCAAGAAAGAAGGAAGCAACAUGUAGUGAGAGAGAGAGAGAGAGAGAGAGAGAGAGAGAGAGAGAGAGAGAUGGAGAGAGAGAGAGAGAGAGAGAGAGAGAGAGAGAGAGAGAGAGAGAGAGAGAUAACAUGGUAAUCUCUUAAAUCCAUACAUCAGGAUUAUAAUUACAUAGUUCUAAACGAAUAUAAAAUGUAAAAGAAAAGAUGUCAAAAUAAUUAUCAAGCCAAGAAAGAAGUGAGCUGCAUGUAUUCGAGAAAUAAACACUAAUAACAAGCUAA